AUGUCGCACCGGACGCCGUCCACGAUCCUGACCAAGUUCUCGGCGACGAUGCAGCGCCAGCCGAGCUUGGGCGAGACGAUCCACGACGAUAAGGACUUCAAGAGCGGCGACUUUACACUCAUCAGCUCGAACAAUAUCCGCUUUCGCGUCGACUCGGUCUACCUCUUUGCCGCGAGCCCCAUCUUCCGCGAUGCCCAGGCGGUCAGCAACCCAGACGACAAGCUGGUACACUUCACCGACGAGUCGGAGAACGACGCGACGAUCACGACUUUCCUGACGCUCGUGACCGAGGCCAAGCUCGUGCUGUUCUACAAGGAGCCCCUGCGUAUCUGCCAGCACCUGUCCGACUGCGUCGCGUUUCUGCGAAAGCACGAGUGUUUCGCGACGCUGCGUGUCCUGAUCAAGGCGUUCAUCGUCGACUUCCUCAUGCGCGAGGACCUCGACUACUCGGUCCCUGGACUGCUCCUCGGCGCGCUCGUCAACGACCCUGACAUCUGCGUCAAGGCGAUCAACAUGCACUGCACCAAGGUCGAGGCGGGGGCAGCAGCAAAGGCCCGUCGCCGCAGCACCACACGCGACUGGGGCCGUGCGGACGCCGAGGACAACCCGCCCUCGACGCCCCGUGUGAGCGAGUUUGGCGAAAACGACCUCCUCCCAGCCAACAUGCCCCUCUUGAUCCACCAGCUCUUCCCCAUGAGCUAUGUCUGGGUCCUAUCGCGCAGCUGGGUCGAGUGCGGGUGCGACUAUGCCCUGUGGGGCCGCAGCUUUGAGAAGCUCGCCAAGAAGAUUAUCGCGCCCGACCCACCACCUGAGCUGGACCUCUGCCACGACACUGGCGACUUCACGCUCAUCAGCUCGGAUAACUUUGAGUUCCGCAUCGACUCGUUCCACCUCUUCGCCGCGAGCGCAGUGUUCCGCAACGCGGCCCAACUGGACAAUGGUGGCGCCAAGGUGGUCCACCUGACGAGCGACUUUGAAGACAGCGACACCGUGCGCACCUUCUUGACGCUCAUCAGCGAAGGGUACAUCGACGACAUCGCGGAUGACUUCGAGGACCGCUGCAAGCGGCUCUUUGAUCUCGUGCAAUUCAUCAAAAAGUACGAGUGCCACUCGACUCUGAUGGCCCUCCUCAACGCCUUCCACCGCCAGUACCUCUCCGAAUUGUACAACGACAACACCCACACCGCACUGGUACUCGGUGCCAUCGCAGAGGACCCACAGUUCUGCGCCCAGGCAAUGGCCAUGUACCAACUCCUCGAGCACUUUCACUUCCCACAGAGGGAGCAGAGAGAGUCGAAUCACCUCUUGCCAGUGAACCUGCCUUACAAGGUGGUGCAACUCAUGCCGCCGGUCUACACUUGGGCUCUGGCGCGCUCGUGGAUCGACUGCAAGUACAACGUUGGGGAUCACUUCACCCGCAUAGAUGUAUCCGAUUAG